UGAAAAAUGUAAUAGAACUUUUAACGAGGAGGGUGUUUUUAAUCGCGUUUCUUCUAUUCGUGCUCGGAGUUUGGUUUGUGAAGUUUGGCUUUCGUGGAUCCAAACAUAGUAUUUUUCACUCACGUUCGAUUUAGUUAUACACACAGUUUAAUAUGGAUCGCUAUGGUCAGGGUGGCGGAGGAGGUGGUGGUGGAUACAAUAAUUUUUCUGUGCCUCCACCGAAUUAUCAAAUGGGCUCCGACAGCGGUGGCAGCAGUGGACCAUAUAGCAAACCUCCUCCAUCAUACAAUAAACCGGGAGGUUACGAUUCCGGUAAUCGUGGUGGCAAUUCAGGUGGUGGAUGGCAAGAUCGCAGUGGCGGCGGCGGAGGAUAUGGAAAUGGAGGCGGCAACAAGGACAGCUACAAUAAAGGUGGUAACGGCGGAUAUGGAGGCGGCGCCGGUGGCGGCAGCGGCGGUGGUGACAUGAUAACGCAAGAGGACACCAUCUUUGUGUCUGGCAUGGACCCGUCAGCAACUGAGUUGGACAUUGAAACUCACUUUGGGGCAAUCGGUAUCAUUAAGAAAGAUAAACGUACCAUGAAACCAAAGAUUUGGUUGUAUCGUAACAAAGAAACUGGCGUGUCUAAGGGCGAAGCCACGGUUACUUACGAUGACAUAAACGCUGCUCAAUCGGCCAUUGCUUGGUUUGAUGGUCGUGAUUUUAACGGCUGCAUUAUUAAAGUUUCACUAGCACAGCGUCAAAAUAAUUGGAAUAAAGGUGGUGGAGGCCGCGGAGGUGGCGGUGGUGGAGGUCGAGGCCGUGGAGGCGGUGGUGGCGGCUUCGGCGGUGGUGAUCGUGACCGUGGAGGCAGUCGCUUUGAUCGUGGUGGCGGCUCUGGCGAUUACGACUCGGGUCGUGGCGGUGGAGGUGGCGACCGCGGUCCUGGUGGAGAUCGAGGUGGUCGCCCCAGAAUGGGUGGCCCUGGCGGUGGUGGCGGCGGCGGUGGCAACAACAAUGUUGCUCCCCGCGAAGGCGAUUGGAGAUGUAGCAGCUGUAACAAUACCAAUUUCGCCUGGCGUAACGAAUGUAAUAGAUGUAAAACACCCAAAGGCGAUGACGAUGGAGGUAACAACGCUGGUGGUGGUCGUGGAGGUGGUGGAUACGGUGGUGGCGGCGGCGGAGGCGGUGGUUACAACAGAGAUAACCGUGGCGGAGGAGGUGGCGGUUACGGUGGUGGAAACCGCUUCGGAGGCGGUCGCGGCGGCGGACCUGGGGGUGAUCGAGGCGGUCGACGAGACUUUGGCGGAAAUAGUGGAGGUGGAGGUCCCAUGCGGGGAAAUAGCCCUGGAAACAACCGAUCUCGACCCUAUUAAGUGGAACCCGAACAAUAAUGUAUCGGUAUUUUAAGUAAUUACAACAAGAUGAAUAACCUCGUCAUUCAACGCAAUUCUUACCUUUUAAGAUAAUUUUGUAUUGUCUCCAAUUUUACAGUCUUUGUAAAAACACACUUCCAUAAUAUCUGUCUUUGAUUUAAUAUGUAUGUAUUGUAAAGUACAUUCGUCCUAAAAUUACCAAAUUUGUAUGUGGAGAGAUGCAAAAAUGAUCGUGACAAAAUUUAAUUUUUAUUUUUUAAAUUAAGAUCAUGAAUAAAUAUAAAUAUGUAGAAAAAUAAA